GUCAGUCACUAGGGUGGGAUUUUUUUUUCUUCUUUCCUUCUCCUCCCAAACUUUGUCUACCUCCUCCCAAAGUCAUGACAAGUCUCAGUGUGACUGAACGAAGAGAAGCCACAAGGGCUACAUGGAGCACUGAGGAGGGAACCGGCGUGAAGUCCAUCUGCAUGAGUCCUUCACUGAGUAGCUGAGAGCCAGGUGCUGAUUCAAAGCUGUGCGUGCUAAGAAGAUCCAGUGCUGAAAAAUGACUCAGUCGGUGCAAGUUAACCCAAAGCUGCCUGAGUUGCGCUCUCCAUUCAUCUACCCCAGUCAGGAAGAGGCUGACCAGCCUGUGUCCUACUCUGUCCAAACACCAUAUGGUUUCCAGCUGGAUCUGGACUUCCUUAAAUAUGUUGAAGAAAUAGAGAGUGGGCACAAUCUCCGUCGGGGACCUGUCAACUCCCGCCGCUUGGGAAGAGGGGUCAAACUCUCUCAGAGGAGUACAAGUGUGGGUGGGCGUACCAGUGGCUGGACAUCCACAGAGUCUCUUGCUUCACCGGGCAGUGAAGAUGGGAGAGUACCUCCACCUCCACCACCACGCAACCGCCUUGGCUCAGCACCCUGUGAGGGACUUUCUGUCUCUCCUGUAACCCUCCUCACUGUCCCUCCACUGUCUGCUGGAGCCAAAGUGCCACCUCCUCCACCACAGCGCAACCCUAGAGUUGAACGGACUCUCCUGGAAACCAGCCGGCGACUACAGCAGGAACAAACCCACCAGCAUCAGAAUGGUGGGCGAUUCCAGCUCGCAGAGCCUCCCAAACAGCUCUUACCCUUCUCAUCCACUCAGCCCCUACAGAGUAACUGGACUAAACCCAGUCCUCAGACUUCUGGACACAGCACACCAGCUGCUGGCAAUUCAAUGACACCGAUCCCUCCCAGCCAGCUGCAGACAGUGAGAGAGCAGAUGGCUACAGCUUUGAAGCAGCUUAAGGAGAUGGAAGAGAGGGUAAAAGGUGUUCCUGCACUGGAGAAAGAGGUAGCCAAGCUCCGUGCUGAGAAAGACAUGCUCUUGUUAGCCCUGCAAGAGAAGAAAUUAGCCAUGGAGGAGGCCCAGAAGAAGCAUCAGUCUACAGAGUCAUCUACCCAAACCCUGGAGACCCGUCAAACACAAAGUGACCACCAUAUUCUCGGCCGUUCACCAAGCUCUCCAGGUCACAAAGGCCUUGGAAAAUCUGGUGAUCUGAAAAAGCUAUCAGAGAAAUUUGAGGUUAAGGAAGAGAAACGUACAGAACCUUCAUCAAAAGUUUUAGUAAUGGCUCCAGAGAAAGUUUCGGUUAUUGAAAAGAAAUCAGUGGCUGCUGGGGAUGACAAACCAAUGGACUCUGUCAUUUUCUACCACAGCCAGGGUGUGAAAGAUGCUUCUGUUGGCACCAAAGUGAAUGUUUGUGACAAAUGCACAGGAACAGAGGCCCCUCUGCUUCAUGAGAAGGGGGAACAGGUCACAGUGCAGACAAAAGAUGCUGAGGUUUGGGUCAUGGAGUCACUACUUGGACUGACCAGUGAGGCACAACGGGAGAUUGACACCUUACAAGACACCAUUAAAUUCCAGCAGGAGAUGAUUGUGACUCUAGAGGAUCAGCUAAGUGUAGUUGAUAAAGAUCUUGGGACGCUGAGAGCCCAGAUAGAAGAGAAAACCUGCAAAGUUAAGUUUGAGAGAGGGGUUCUUGCAAAACCAGAGACAGCAGAUGCCCAGGUAGAAACUCUGGCCUCUGUGUUAAAGCAUGUUGGAGUUUUAUGCCAGCAAACGAUGACUGAUGCAUGUGUAGGGGAGAAUUUGAUGGUAGAUCAGAUCGAAGAAGGGACCCAGACAGAGGCUUUACAGAAACCAGCAGAACCAGCUCCUGUAGCACUGGUCAGCACUGGGUGUCAAUGGGAGAACUUGUUUGGAGAAAAGACCGAAGAGCAGAAAGUUGUAGUGCCAAAAAAGAGACAGUUGACGAUUGCAGAAUACAAGGUUUCUCCUGAAGUAGAGGUGGUCAGCACAGCCAAUAAGCAAGAAGAAGACCAAGGACAUAAGACUGCACCCAGCAACUCCAAGACAGGUAUGCUGAAAUCAAUCAUGAAGAGGAAGGAUGGGAGUAACCCGGGCGAGAAUCGCACCACUGGCAAGAAGAGUCUUCAGUUUGUUGGUAUUUUAAAUGGAGGGUAUGAGUCAACUUCCAGUGAGGAAGAGGAAGAGGAAGAGGAGGAGGAGGAGGAGGAGGAAGAAGAAGAAGAUGGGAGUUCCUCUGAAGAAAGUGGAGAAGGCGAGUGCUUGGAUAGCACAGAGGAGGAUGAGGCAGCUCUUGAGGAAGAAACAUCUGAGGAGGAGAGAAAUGUCAACCUAGAUGAGAGUGACACUGAUGAGGAAACUCUGAGAACUGCAAGUUAUUCACCUGAUGCUGUGAAAGAGAAGUUUGAGCUGAGCUCAAAAAUGCGUGAAGCUUGCCUCAUUCUGAAGAAUCACCUGAAUGAUGACAGUAAAUCUCUGAAGAGUAAGGAAGUGCUCUCCAGCACCCACACUGUGCAGCUCGAGUGGUUUCGAAUGUCCAGUGCAAAGAUGGCUCAAACCUCACGGGUCUCCGACUACCUGAUGGCGUUCUCUGAGGUGUCAUUGGUGCUGCUGGAACAUGUAGUCAACAUGAUUGAUGGCAACGGCAACACAGCUCUCCACUACAGUGUCUCCCACUCCAACUUUGGAGUGGUGGGACUGCUGCUAGACACAGGUGUGUGCAGUGUGGAUAAGCAGAACAAGGCAGGCUACACAGCCAUUAUGCUGGCUGCUCUCUCUACUGUGAAGGAAGAGGAGGAUAUGGCCGUGGUCAAAAAACUCUUCAGUCAGGGCAAUGUCAAUGCCAAGGCCAGCCAGGCGGGCCAGACAGCAUUGAUGCUAGCCGUGAGCCAUGGUCGCCAGGAGAUGGUGCGGGCACUGCUCGAGUGUGGCGCCAAUGUAAACGUGCAGGAUGACGAGGGCUCCACAGCUCUGAUGUGUGCCAGUGAACAUGGUCGAGCUGAGAUUGUCAAACUGCUCCUGGAACAGCCUAGCUGUGACAUAUCUAUUGUGGAUAAUGAUGGCAGCAACGCUCUGUCCAUCGCACUUGAGGCAUCUCACAAUGACACAGCUGUGCUACUUUACGCCCAUAUGAACUAUGCCAAGACCCAGCCUGCUCUGGGAAGUCCAAAGGUGCAGCCACGAAGCCCCACCAGCCCCAACAAGCCCUGGCCUGCAUACUGACCUGAUCACAGCCACUUGCUGAGGCAGACACAUCAGCAAACAUAACUGGAUAUGAGCUGAGUAAAGCUCCACUGGAAUUUACUUAGAUAUAUAUGUAUUUAUAUAUUGCCAUAUGUCCUGCAAUUAUAAGUAUUGUUAAUAUGAAAAUAUUAUUUUUCCAUAAAAGUUGUGAAUGGUAUAUUAUAUACUUGACUAAUAUGAGCUUCUAGCAUGUCCAAAUAACAAUUUCAACCCCUGUUUCUUCUGUGACAGGAGAUAUGAGGACUUACAUUUAUUAUUUGCACUCCACCACUUAUGUUUUUGCUGUUACAGUGGUGGCAUAUAAUGCACCAACCCCACCCCAGCAAAUAAUAUUGUCCAUGACAGCCCACACACACAGUCACAAAUACAUACAUUAUAACAUGUUUCCUUAAACAAUGAUACUGCUCCAGAAAAUAUAGUGCUCCACAAUACUUAAGGGAAUAGGGGGACACCUUAAUCAUACAUUAAAUAAUUCAGUUCCUUGACAACAUCAUAAAACCACCAUCCACCAACCACUUGAGGGCUGGUUUCAAGGUGACUAUGACCUGAAUGUCUGAGAAUAUUCAACCUUUUUUGGCACUGUAUAUCAUAUUGACUCCCCGAAUCUGCUCCUUACUCCUCUGUACAUAACCUUCAUGUGACCUGUUAACAUUAAAUGACAACAGCACAGCUGUUCACAGUCUGCACUAACUGUCCAUAUGCAUUGUAUGUUCAUAUAAAUACAGUAUAUACAUAUCAAAUAAACCUAUUUACCUAAAAGCUGA